AUAGUGACAAACGACGACUCGGUGGCUCGGUCCCUUUCCCUUCGUUUGAAAGAAAAAGAUAAUAUAAAAGGAAGGUACAGAAAGAGAAAGUGAGGGAACUGCGAGAAUAAAGCAAAAAGGAAAAUUUUAGUGGAAGGAUUUCCACUACCCAAUACUCUACCAGAUCGCUGAAUUUAGGGUUUUAUACUCCUAAGUUGGUGAUCGGACUCCGGUGAUGGCGAGCCCGGUCUCUCCUAAUACUGUUAGAGCUUUAUCGAUAACGCCUGGUGCCAGGAUUUUGAAAACCCCACUCAGUGAUGAGACGAUCUGGAAGCGGCUCAAAGAGGCAGGUUUUGAUGAGGAUUCUAUUAAAAGAAGAGACAAGGCUGCUCUUAUAGCGUAUAUCGCGAAACUUGAAUCUGAGAUCUUUGACCUUCAACACCACAUGGGCCUCCUCAUAUUGGAAAGAAAGGAGUUUGCUUCAAAAUAUGAGCAAAUCAAAGCCUCUGCUGAAGCAGCUGAACUAAAGCAAAAGCAUGAUCAAGCUGUACACUUGUUAGCUUUGGCUGAAGCAAGGAAACGAGAAGAAAGUUUGAAGAAGUCUUUGGGAGUUGAAAAAGAAUGUUUAAAAAGUAUUGAGAAGGCCUUGCAUGAGAUGCGUGCUGAAUCUGCUGAGAGCAAGGUUGCUGCUGAUUGUAAGUUGGCUGAUGCACGCAGUAUGGUUGAAGAUGCACAGAACAAAUAUAUGGAUGCUGAGGCAAAAAUGCGAGCUGCUGAAGCUUUACAAGCAGAAGCUAACCAACAUCGUCGAGCUGCAGAAAGAAAGCUCCAGGAAGUUGAAGCACGUGAAGAUGAUCUCCGCAGGCGUAUCAACACUUUCAAGGCUGAUUGUGAUGCAAAAGAGAAGGAGAUUGUUCUUGAGAGACAAUCUUUGAGUGAGAGACGGAAAGUUCUGCAGCAGGAACAUGAAAGAUUACUUGAUGGACAAGCUUUGCUGAAUCAGAGGGAAGAAUAUGUUGCCAACAAAUCUCAAGAUUUAGAUCGUCUGGAAAAGGAGUUGCAGGCCUCUAAAACAGGGAUUGAAAAGGAACUUAGAGACUUGAAUGACAAGAAAUCCAACUUGGAGCUGACUCUGGCUUCUUUAUCUCAAAGAGAAGCAGCUGUUAUUGAGAGGGAAGCUCUAAUAAGCAAGAGAGAGCAACAGUUACUUGUUUCACAAGAAAAACUGGCAAGCAGGGAAUCUGUUGAAAUUCAGAAGGUUAUUGCCGAUCAUGAGACUAUUCUGAAAACAAGGAAGUCAGUAUUUGAAGCUGAGUUGGAGAUGAACCGUAAAUUGGUGGAAGAUGAAAUUGAGGCCAAGCGACGAGCUUGGGAAUUGCGGGAGUUGGAUCUUAGACGACGGGAGGACAUGUUGAAUGAAAGGGAACAUGAAUUAGAGGUUAAGUCAAGGAUGUUGGCUGAAGAGGAGAAAGAUGUGGCCGAGAAGAUGAAUUUUCUUGAUGAAAAAGAAAGAGGCCUUAAUGCUGCUGAGAGGGACAGUGAGUUGCGGAGCGCACUUCUACAGCAAGAAAAAGAAGAUAUUAACAAAAUAAAGUUAGAGCUCCAGGAGUCUUUGAAUUCCUUGGAAGACAAAAAGAAUCAAGUUGAUUGUGCAAAGGAGAAAGUUGAGACUAUGAAGUGUGAAACAAAUGAGCUCUCAGUUUUGGUGAUGAAACUUAAAGAAGAGGUUGAUAUGGUCAGGGCCCAAAAGUUGGAACUCAUGGCUGAAGAAGACAGAUUGAAGGUUGAAAAAGCUAAGUUUGAAACUGAAUGGGAGCUGAUUGAUGAAAAAAGGGAAGAACUUCGCAUGGAAGCUGAGCGUAUAGUUGAGGAGAGACAAGCUGUUAGUCGGUUACUCAAGGAUGAGCGUGAGAGCCUAAGACUAGAGAAGGAAAGAAUUCGGGAACAACAUACACGUGAUGUUGAGUCUCUUAACCAUGAGCGGGAGGAAUUCAUGAACAAGAUGGUGUAUGAGCAUUCUGAGUGGUUCAACAAAAUUCAGAAGGAACAUUCAGAUUUCUUAUUGGGUAUUGAGAUGCAGAAAAGAGAGCUGGAGAACAGCAUAGAGAAAAGGCGUGAAGAGAUAGAAGAUUAUUUAAGGGAUCAAGAGAAAGCCUUUGAGAUAGAAAAGAAAAAUGAACUUGAACAUGUUAGUUAUCUUAGGGAGAAAGCAGCAAAAGAGUUGGAGCAGGUUGCUUUAGAAAUGAAGAAGCUUGAGUCUGAAAGAACAGAAAUAAAUUUGGAUCGUGAGCAAAGAGACAAGGAAUGGGCUGUGCUGAAUAAAUACAUUGAGGAACUUAAGGAUCAAACUCAGAAAUUAGAAAAACAGAGGGAAUUAUUACGAACAGAAAGAGAGGAGAUUUGUGCUCAGGUUGAACACCUGAAAAAAUUGGAAGAUUUGAAGCUUAUGCUGGAUAACAUGGAAGUCGCCAAGAUACAGCAGUCAAACAUGGAGUCUAGCCUGCAGAAAAUCUCUGCAGUAAGACAUUUGAGAAAUCACUCCUCUGUAAAAGAUGCUGGUCUGGUUUCACAUGAAAGGGAAGAUGUUACUAACAAUGGAAAUAGACUUGAUUCUCCAUCUAUGCAAAAAUCAGUUGUUGAUUCAUCCCCUAACUCUGCCCGUUUCUCUUGGAUUAAACGUUGUACUGAAAUGAUAUUCAAAAGUUCUCCUGAGAAGCCCCUGUUGAGGAGUGAAGAAAAGUCUCUGAUAUCCAAUGAUGCUGCAUUUUUGGCUUCUGCUGGCAAAUUGGAUUCUUCCAACAGUUAUCAUGGGGAAAAGUUCAAUUCAGAAGAGAGUUCUGGCAAAAGACAAUCUAUGAUAUAUGCUUUUGGUGAACCAAAGGUGAUAUCUGAACCCCCUGAAGAUGAAAUUGCCAAGGGAAAAUGUGAAAAAGAAUCUGAAACAAAGAAAGAUGCUAAUGAAGACAUUGAUCCCUCAUUUUCUGAACAAGCAAUUCAUGCUGGAAGGAAAAGGAGGAGUGAGAAGUCUUCUUUGUACGUUACUACUGAUCCUCAGCCAGAGCAAAGACAGAACAAUAAGAGGAGGCGGCAACAAAAAGGUGCUGCUGUGAAUUUAUCUAAAGAUGCCAAAAACCCCUGUGUGACUUCAACCAAGAUCAAUGCAACAGAAGAAGAUAAACAUUCAACUGAAGAAGGUGCUGAAGAUGAUGUUGAAGUAAUUGCAGAAAGAAUCAUCAAAAUUUCAGAAGUAACUUCUGAAGUGACAUGUGAUUAUGGUGAUGUUCAUGAUGGAGGAAGAAAUGGUCAUUCCAAUCAGAAAGGUGUGGAGCAUAGUGCAGUGCCAUGUGAAUUUGAGGUAUCAGUAAUUUUAAAAGAUCAAAUGGGACAUGUUGGGCAUGGUACUGGCCAACAUCAGAUAUGUUUGCACUUUUAUUUUGCUAGUCUGGUGAAGAUGAAGAUGCAUCCAAAACCAGUGAUCUCCGGGUUGACAUUUCUGAUGUUGCCAGAUCUGAUAAUAGUGAGAAGUUUGCUGAAGAUGUUGGAAGGAGGACAAGAUCAAAACAGAAGCUGUAAAACUGUAGCUGUUGCCAUGUUUUGCUGUGCUUAUGACCAGGCAAGCGUACAAGUAUAUUUGAACUUAUUAUUUUGGUCACUCCAAUCGAUGAUAAGAAUGCAACAUCAAGUCAAGCAGCUUACUAAAUUUUUUCCCGUCUGCUGUAGUACAUAGUGCUAGGAGUAGUAAUUAUAGUCGGUUGAUUGAUAACUUUUUCCAGUUGACUUGUCUUGUGGUGUCUCCAUAUGUGUGAUUUGAUCAUCUCAAAGCGAGUGAAGAAAUUUGUAAAUGUAUGUCCAUUUUAUGGGGUUUCAUGGGGUAGUUAAUUUUUUUAGUGUCCUUGAGUAGGAGGUUUGGAAACUUAUGUACAGGCAAUUGUGCAUCCUUGCCUGGCCUAUGGAUUGUGUGUGGUGGUUACUCUAUUAAAGGUUACUCUUUUGCAUUGUUAGAUCCAGAUAUCCUUAUCUGGUGGUGGGAACUUUUCAUGGAGAAGUGUUGAAAUGAGGUGAAAUUUUUAUUGCUCAAUAGCAAUUGAAAGCAGGUGUGUUUCCUGUUAUAUUUGA